UGGUAGCAGAUAUGAAGCCAACACUCAAAGCAGUCCAGGGACAAAACCUUCUGUAAAGUUGGAAAGUCAAGGAAAGAUGAGAUCAAAAAAAUCGAAUAAAGGACAUCAUGAAUCAAAGCUAGAAAAAUUGAAGAAUGUUGUUAUUCGAAUUCUGAAGAAGCAACCAGAUGGUGUUUUGAAAAAUGAUAUCUGGACACUCGUUCAUAAAGAGACAGGACUAAGAGUCAGUGCAAAAGAUUAUGGAGUAUCAAAAAUGGGCCGUGUGUUUGAGAAGUGGACAGAUGUUAUUCAGAUGAAUGCAGAAAAGCUAUUCUUAGUGAGUUCUCAGGAAACGUUAAAUGAGAAUGAUUUUUCACCAACAGAGUUGGAAGGGUUUGGUGAGGAAAAGGAAUCUGUCACACAAAGUUUUUGUCUCAGUUCAAUAUCUGAUAUACAUACUGCUCAAAAAGAAAAUAUUCUGUAUGAAACAGAUCUAAAAAGAGAACAAAAAAGACAUGAUGACAAUAACCGUGUUCAAACAGGGCCUGACCAUGAUCUAACAAUGUUACCAGACGUUUUUGAUACAAACCAUGGGAGAAACAAGAAAACCAAAGAUCACUUUGCUGACUUUGUGAAGCAAAACAAGAAUAUUGUCACAUUUGGGUUCUUAUCUGAUUCAGAUUUAUCGGAUGAGUCUGAUGUUGAUACUGAUGACGAAAGAAAAGAAAUUAAAUCAGUUAUAGAUGAGCUUAUAGAUGGUCAGAAUGCUGAACCACCGAAGUCGGUGAAUGGUCAGAAAGCACCUUCAAUGCCAAGUUGGAUGCAUAUUGCCGAAGCUUCAAAACCACCUGAAAUUACAAAACUGGAAACUUUACAAGCUAGAAUGCAAUUACCAGUAAGAGAACAACUGGGAAUGCCUGCAGUUGUAACAGAAGAACAGAGAAAAUUAGCAAUACAAACAGAACCUGUUAUGGCACAUGGACAAGGCCAUGCACAGGGUAUAAUGUCAAAACCUUUAAAGGAACCACCAGGACUUUCAUUGUCAGUUAAUAAAGAACCUGCCGUGCAAGGGUUAGGUUCGAGUCAGUCAGAAAUACCGUCCCAUCAGUUUGGUGUAACAACUCCAGGAUUAGGCAACAUGGGAUUUCCUCUACAAGGUAUGGUGAAUAGAUUUUAUAUGCCAAUGCAAGGCCAUAAUCAAUUAGGAAUGUUUCCAACCUAUGGGCAAACUGGGAUGUCCUUACUCGGAAUGCCAGUAACAUAUAGAAUACCAGUGCCUGCUCAUGGUCACUUCGGAAUGGGAACUUCACAGAAUGUAGUGAAUCAUACCACACCUAUGCCCCAAAAUAUGCCUAUUGUCGGACAACCACACAAAGCUACAGAGUUAAGUGGAAUACCAACAACUGGGACAAUACCACGUGAAUCCCCUUCACUGAUUUCUGCAUCUGAAAGUUUCAUGUCAGCAACCCAAGGUAGCCCAGUGAAUACAAAAACCUGGAGUCAUGUAGUAAUGUCUAAAUCCAUGUCAAAAAGUCCAUCUCCUAUUUCAAGUCCCAAUGUUGUACUGAAUUCAGACAACACAGAAGCAGGAAAACCAACCCCAGCCUGGACGAAGGUGGAUGAACGAGAAUCUCAUUUGAGUCAUGUGCAGAUGCCAUCACCUGUACCUAGAAUGACACUGACACCAGUAUCAAAUUUUACAGGAGAAUUGUCAUCAAAACAGGAGAAUGAAGGACAUCAUGUCGGAAUGUCGUCUGCUGGUAUUUCAUCUUUAUACAAUAAUAUAUACAAGAAUCAAGCUGUCAGACCAUCAGCUAGAGUCAGUCAAAUGACAAUGCCGAUGCCUUUGACUGUACCUGGGAAAAACCCACCUGGAGCACCAACAGUACCAUCAACUAGAGUCAGUCAAAUGACAAUGCCGAUGCCUUUGACUGUACCUGGGAGAAACCCACCUGGAGCACCAACAGUAGACUGGGGACAAUACAAUCUUCCAAAACAAAAUAUGCAAGUGGGCUAUGAAGGAAUAAUACCCCAAAAUUAUACAGCUUUGAUUGAAAACAAGAAGGAGCAGCAAACAGUAAUCAGCCAAUUCAAUAGAUGGGAUCUUGACCAGUGGCAACCAUUUGCAGAUGAUAUUAAAGAUUUUGCAGUAAAGCCAAUAGAUAAGGAAGAGUUUGAGGCAAAGAUUAUAGACGUCAGGCCAGUUUAUGUCCCACUAGGCAGAAAACCAUCUAGUGAACAAGUGGACAGUGUUGCAAAAGAAUGUAUUGAAAUGUUGGCUGAUGCAAAUGAAUUUGUCACCCAAGAAAGAGUGGAAAAACUUCUUCUUCAGAGAUUUGGCUGCAAUGUUAUUCAAGAGCUUGGAGUAUACAAUGUCGACCAAGUCCCAUGUGUUUUUGAACAUAAAAGACUUGUAAGCAAAAUCAACACUUACAUCACAGCUUUUCUGAAAACAAGGUCAAUAUGUACUCUUCAUGAGCUAAAGGAAGCCCUAAGAGACUAUGUUCCUGACAAGGGUGACUUUAGCAUGUUGAAAACGGGACCUCUUCAAAGAUUCCCGGUUUUAUUUCAACAAUUCCGUUUUCCAACAAACCAAGCAGAAAUUCCUGAAAUUACAAGUAUGGAUAUUCUUGAACACUUUAACAAUUAUCUGUCAAAAAACAGAUUGUGGGUUAAUAGUAAACUGGAACUAGAGCCGUUCAUGAACUACCUAGUGCAAGAAUAUGAUGCUGAUAAUGCUUACAUGCUCGGAGUAAGAAUUAGGUCACUGCCACUAGCCAUUGGAGUAUUGAAGAAAGCUAAAAGAGACUCUGCAGCCAGUCACCAUGAAAUUAAAGACCAUUUUGAAGAAAAUUUGAAGACUGAAAUUGGAGAUGCUUUCAGAAAAUUUCGAAUCAGUAUUUUACAAACUGGAGAGGGUGAUGGACUGGAAGUACGCAGGCAUUAUUUGAAGAUGAAACCAGAACUAGUCAUCAUGGAAAUAUUUGACAAAUUUAAUGUACUCCUUAUGGUGACACAGGACAGGAGACUUACAAAACCUACAAAGUUCAGGAGGGUCGUUGAGGAUUUCUUGACAAUGCUGAGAGAAGAUGAUCUAGGCAAGAAUAUUCUACACCUUGCUAUAUGCAUGUCAAACACUGCUGUUGAAGAGACAGUUAGAGAGAUGUUUACUCCAGCUGAUGAUGAUAGUGAUGAAGAAAAUGAGAAUCAGAUGCAUCAUAAACCACCUCCGCGAAAAGACGCCUUGGUAGCAUCAUUAAAGACAUACAUAGAACGAUGCUUGAAUGCUGGUGCCGUCAGUCUUACACAUCUGAACCGCAUUGAAGAGAAAAUGCUCGAAGAGUUUGGAUUUCCUGAUUUUGGUAUGAUGGGUUAUGGAAGAUUUCUAGAGUUUCUUCUAUUAGAGGAGACAAAACAGAUACUGGAAGAAAGUGUUGGGUUACUUCUUGGUUCUGGAUCAGGAGGUGGGGACUGUGAAUCAUCAUUUAAACCCCAACAGAUGGACUUGGUAGAUUUCAUUAAGCAAUGCAGACAUCAGGAAGAUAGUCAGCCUGACCAUGUAGAGGAGGCCUUAUGUGCACAUUACAGUGUGAAGAAUGUGCGAGACCUUGGUUACGGUAACACCAUGAGACUACUCAGUUAUGCAGAAAAACAUGGAAAACACAUGCAGGAACAAUGUUCCAUAUUUUAUGAGUCAGCUCUUGCUCAGUCUGUCAGGUUUUCGCAGAAUUCCACUUCGAAGGUUGGAAUUCUGGGUCAUCAGACCAGAGAUGCUGCAAAAAUUUGCCUACACAACUGCCCUCUCCUGGAAAAUAUGGCUGACUGGAGUCAGUGGAGUCUUGUGUUUGAGCCAGAACUUGGAAAGCUGAAAGAUUUUGUGCAGAAAUAUGGAGGUGUGACAACAAAAACAUAUGAAGGGGGUAAAAUUGUUACCCUUGACUUCCUGGCUUUGGAGAGAAAACCUGGAGAACUUGUCAAAAUUGUGUCAUCAACAGCAGUAGAGAAUGUUGCCAUGGCUUUGAAGAAUCGUGAUGUUCAGUGUACAGCAGGUCAUUUGGUUUCCAUGGUAGUUGCAUACAAAGGUAUUGAUAAUAUGCCUCUGGCUCUGAUUGCGAGACAUAUGAAGACUGCACUUAUACAAAUACACGCAGAGGAACCGAGACUGGAAAUGACAGCUGGUCUCCCAAGUCAGAAUACUGCUGCUCUGUUUACUCUACAAUGCAUUUUGCGCAUACCCACCAAGAUAUGUGUUUUGCUUGCCAACCAAAUAUUCCUGGAACCUUUGGGACAAGUUGUAGGCUCAACCAAGUCCAAAAUAUUGCUUGUACAGCUGUGUAAGACUGAGACAGAGCUAAGUCAUUUGAUACAAUUAGGGUGUUUACUAGGAAUUCAGGAAUGGACAGACGUAAUGCAGCAAAAAUGUCAACUCCAUGACUCGGUUGUACAGAUACUUCCAUCAGAAGUUAAAGAGUUCUUUGAAAAUGACCAUUGUGAGGUAAAUCAAUUCCCACUAUUUACAUCUUCGGAAGAGGAAGAAGGAUAUAUUGAAGUGUCAGAUGAUUCCGAUACGGAAGAUGUUGAUGAAAUUUUAGCUGGUGAACUUUCUGUUGAUGAAGUGAAAGAGACUGGGGAAAGUAACAAAACAGUAUAUGAGCGAGAAGCUCAAGACAAAGAGAAAAAGAUCACCAUCCCUUCAGCAGAAACUGCAAAGGAGAAGAAGGAUAUUGAGGAUGAUACAAGGAAGGAAAUAUCGUCAUGUGAAGCAGUUGUUAACCAGAUACGUAGAGAUGAGUUUGGUGUGGGUGUUCAGCUCAGUGAAGAUGGACAAAGACUGAUGAAGGUACAACAAGAACGACUGGGUAGAAGUUUAGACCGCCUUUCCAAAGAUCUUUACAGCAAAGACACACACUUUGUUCUAGAGUUGGUUCAGAAUGCAGAUGAUAACAGUUAUUCUGAUAAUCUACUUAAUGACACAACAGACAAUUGCCCUUCAGUGAAGUUUGUAAUAGAGCAUGAAGGAAUAUAUGUCCUGAAUAAUGAACAAGGAUUUAGAGAGAAAGACAUCAGGGCUCUCUGUGACGUUGGAAGGAGUACCAAAGGAAAACAUAAAUUUGGAUAUAUUGGACAAAAGGGAAUUGGUUUCAAAUCCGUUUUCCGAAUUACUGAUGCACCAGAAGUACAUUCCAAUGGGUACCAUAUCAGGUUUGAUGUAAACAGUGGACCUAUGGGUUACAUACUUCCACACUGGGUACCAGAGGAGGAGAGAAUCAGUCAGGAUGAAUGGAUGACCCAUAUAAUUCUGAAGUUGAAGGCGAACAUGAGACUGCAGACACGAACCCUGGCUGCAAGGUUUAAUGAUAUACACCCUUCACUGCUUCUUUUCUUGCACAGGCUGAGACAAAUUACUGUAGAAAACAAGGUUGAGAACUCUGUUCAGACUAUGCGAAGGAGGGACAUUGGUGACAAUGUUGUCGAAAUACAACAUGCACACGGCAGUGAGAAGUGGCUGGUUGUAAAGAAAAUGCUGGAUGCUAGUAAGAUAUCUAUACAGACAAAAUCAGGGGCAGACGUGGAAUCAACAGAAAUAGCCCUAGCUUUCCCACUAAACCAGAAGGGCAAAAGGACAACAGUCCAGAGAAUGCCCCCAAAACAACCAAUAUUUGCCUUCUUGCCUCUCAGAAGUUAUGGAUUCCGGUUCAUUAUUCAAGGUGACUUUGAUGUUCCAUCAAGUCGGGAAGAUGUAGAUAGAGACAGCUCUUGGAACCAAUGGCUUAGGAAUGAAAUACACAACGUCUUCAUAGAGUGUCUUGAUAUUUUUAGGACCCAUCCUGAAUUUGGCAGUAUGGAAGCUGUGUGUGCCUUUCUUCAGUUUGUGCCUAUGGAGGAUGAAGUUCUCGAGUUCUUUAAGCCCGUUGCUUCUGAUAUACUUAAAAAACUGAAAGCAAAACAGUUUGUUCCAACUCAGGCUAAUGCUGAAGAUAUAUCAAACUCGGAUAUAAGGAAGACAUUUGUAUGUCACAAUGUGAUAUUUCACUUGUUUAUAACUAAUUUAGUUCAUAAUUUCAAGAUUAACUAUCACUUGUAA